AUGACUUUCCGCGACCUCCUGAGCGUCAGUUUCGAGGGACCCCGCCCGGACGGCAGCGCCGGGGGCUCCAGCGCGGGCGGCGGCGGGGGCGGCGCGGGCGGCGCGGCCGCCUCGGAGGGCCCGGCGGUGGGCGGCGUGCCGGGGGCCGCGGGCGGCGGCGGCGGCGGCGUGGUGGGCGCGGGCGGCGGCGAGGACAACCGGAGCUCCGCCGGGGAGCCGGGGGGCGCGGGCGCGGGCGGCGAGGUGAACGGCACGGCGGCCGUCGGGGGGCUGGUGGUGAGCGCGCAGGGCGUGGGCGUGGGCGUCUUCCUGGCCGCCUUCAUCCUCACCGCCGUGGCGGGCAACCUGCUGGUCAUCCUCUCGGUGGCCUGCAACCGCCACCUGCAGACGGUCACCAACUAUUUUAUUGUGAACCUGGCCGUGGCCGACCUGCUGCUGAGCGCCACGGUGCUGCCCUUUUCAGCCACCAUGGAGGUGCUGGGCUUCUGGGCCUUCGGCCGGGCCUUCUGCGACGUGUGGGCCGCCGUGGACGUGCUGUGCUGCACGGCCUCCAUCCUCAGCCUCUGCACCAUCUCGGUGGACCGGUACGUGGGCGUGCGCCACUCGCUCAAGUACCCGGCGAUCAUGACCGAGCGCAAGGCGGCCGCCAUCCUGGCCCUGCUCUGGGCCGUGGCCCUGGUGGUGUCCGUGGGGCCCCUGCUGGGCUGGAAGGAGCCGGUGCCCCCCGACGAGCGCUUCUGCGGCAUCACGGAGGAGGCAGGCUACGCCGUCUUCUCCUCCGUGUGCUCCUUCUACCUGCCCAUGGCCGUCAUCGUGGUCAUGUACUGUCGCGUGUACGUGGUCGCGCGGAGCACCACGCGCAGCCUCGAGGCGGGCGUCAAGCGCGAGCGCGGCAAGGCCUCCGAGGUGGUGCUGCGCAUCCACUGCCGAGGCGCCAGCGCGGCCGACGGGGCGCACGGGCCGCGCAGCGCCAAGGGCCACACCUUCCGCAGCUCGCUGUCCGUGCGCCUGCUCAAGUUCUCCCGCGAGAAGAAGGCGGCCAAGACGCUGGCCAUCGUCGUGGGCGUCUUUGUGCUCUGCUGGUUCCCCUUCUUCUUCGUCCUGCCGCUUGGCUCCCUGUUCCCGCAGCUGAAGCCCUCGGAGGGCGUCUUCAAGGUCAUCUUCUGGCUCGGCUACUUCAACAGCUGCGUGAACCCGCUCAUCUACCCUUGCUCCAGCCGCGAGUUCAAGCGCGCCUUCCUUCGCCUGCUGCGCUGCCAGUGUCGGCGUCGUCGGCGCCGCCGGCCCCUGUGGCGCGUCUACGGCCACCACUGGCGGGGCUCCAGCGGCGGCCCGCGCCCCGACCUCGCUGCCGGCCGCGGCGCCGCGCCCCCCGGGGCCCCGCUGGCCCUCACCGCGCCCUCGGCGCCCGGCUCCCCCGGCUCCCCCGGCUCCCCCGGCGCGCCCGAGGCGCAGGGCCCCGUCGCCGGCCGUCGAAAGCCGCCCUGCGCCUUCCGCGAGUGGAGGCUGCUCGGGCCGUUCCGGAGACCCACCACCCAGCUGCGUGCCAAGGUCUCCAGCCUGUCGCACAAGAUCCGCGCCGGGAGCGCGCAGCGCGCGGAGGUGGAGGCGGUGUCCCUCGGAGUGCCCCACGACGUGGCGGGGGGCGCCGCCGGCCAGGCCUACGAGCUGGCCGACUACAGCAACCUCCGGGAGACCGACAUCUAAGGCCCGCGGGGGGGGGGGGGCUGCGGGCGGGGGCGGGUGCAGGUGCGGCAGGGCGCGGCGGGGGCCCAGCGAGGCUGGCUUGACGCUGAUCCGGGCUGCUCCCGGGCCUCCCUGAGAAACUGAGGCUACGGGGUAGGGCCCUGGAAAGGUAAAAAGUUAUGGCCUCCCUCCCCGACACAGGUGCCUGGAGCUCUUCCUUUCGGAGGAAGGGGCUGUGGGUUCCGGGGGGCCUGUUGCCCCCAAUCCCUGUUUGAGAAACACUGCCCCAUCCAUGCCUUGAACCCUGGACAGACCGCCUCAAGAGGAGGGGCAGGCCUGCCUGGCUGUCCCCAAUGCCUCCCCUAGGGAAAAAGCCAGUGGGACCAGGGGGACUUCUCAAUGGACACAACUUCUCCUUACUGCCGACUGGAGGAACCCAGUGGACCAGCCCAGCCACCAACAAGCUUUGGUGGCAGAUUGGAUGACCAUCCCACAAGCCUGUUGUAUUUACCCAUGGACCCACUCCCCACUACAGAGGCUCCUCCAUGCAUACCCCACCACCUGGCCCUGCCCCUCAUUAUGUCCCAAGGGCCUUACUGUUUACACUCUGUACAUAGUGCCUGUGCCCAUCACUUCUUGCGAGGAUCUGGAGCCAUCAAAUGGGGAGAGCUUUGUCAUUUUGAGACAUAUUUAUUGGUAAGAGUACUUCUAUUUUGUCCAAACUGUGCAAACUGUCCCUCUUUAGCUUGUAACCCAUAAAGAACUACUUUUUUUUUUUUUUUUCUAAACUCCUUCAAGUUCUAAAGCCCAACAAGAGGAUAGUCAGGUCUGCAUUCACCUUUCUAGUUUCAACCCAACUAUCUGUUUAAUGGAUGGCUGUUCUCCUCUGGGACUUUUAGCAUGACCCUUAAAGGACUUAGGGGUUUUGUUGGCUUUUAAAAUUCAUAUGAUGAGUCUUGGGAACCAAACAGUAAUCAUAAGCAUAAAUGUUCAUUUUGUCAGUCUCCCCAGAUGUAUCUGUGAUGCUCUUGGUCUCAGUGAGGAAGAUGGCCAUCAGUUAAAUGGAUAACACAUUACAUGAAAAAAUAUAGAAGCCCAAGUAGACAAGCAUACAUGGUAUGAGAGAACACCUACUUAGGAAUAGUGCUGUUAGCUUUGAGUGAAAUGUCCAGCACUUGUCACAUACUCAAGAGAUUGAGGUAAUUCAGUCUUCAGCUGGAUAAUAUCAACCACACACAUACAGCCGGAGUGGGGGUGAUAACUGUGGUCCAGUGGAAAGCUGGUUAGGCAAUACCCCAGGGUGUCUGGAGUGGGAAUGUUCUAAAACUAGAAGAGCCAGUUGCUGGGGCCAACAUGGACCAGUAGUUUGAAUCAAAAGUUUCCAUCCUGUGCUGAGGAAGUAGUCUAUUUGAAAGGUAACCACGAUUUUAGACCUCUCCAAUUUUAUAAGGUAAAAAGAUAGCCAGUACCAGGGCUCAGGAGCAGACAUUUCAUACUGUGGAUCUACAUCAGCUUCUAGGCCUGGCAUCCCCGCAAGGCACAGGAAGGGUAGUUAAAGGCGGGUUCUGGGUACAUGCUGUACACCCCAAAGAGGGCCCACUUUACAGGACAUUGGCCACCUAAAGCUGGGGACACUGGAGGACAGCCCUUGCUAUCUUCUCACAGAGGUGGGGGCCAUCCCUCAAAUCAGGAGUCAGCAAAGGGGCUGACCCCUCAUCAGAGAACUGAACAUUGGGCUUCUGGGCAGAGGUUCCAACAGCAGGGGAAGGUCUCUGAGCAGGCGAACAUGGGCUCCCACAUGCCAGGGCAGUGGAGCCCACAGGAGGUCAACAGUGGGGAUAAGGGAGCAGGUUGGGGAGGGAACGUUCAUAGGGGGACUUUAGGGGGCCCUCCCUGCCCUGGAAAACCCAGUAGGUGUGCAGGCAGGUGGAGCUGGCAGCUAGCCCAAUACUUUCUCUAGGCCCAAUGAUUAAUCUGCAAAACAUCUCUCAUGUUCAAGCCUCAGCCCUCAUCUCCUGGCCACAGGGGCCCUCUGCACACAGCUGUCACCUCCUGUACCCCCAUGCCUUCAGGACAUCAGGGGGAGCUACAGAGCUCCCCAAGAGGCUCUGCCACAGGGACCCCCACCACCACCAGGGACCCAGUUCUAAUCAUGGAUAAAGCACUGAGUUGCUGACCUUGGGGUCAGGACAUGUCCAAAUGCCGCAGAGUGGCCUAGAGGAAUGGAGGGAAGAACAAGAGCCACUCUGGAUGAGGGAGCCUCUUACAAGUGAUUUGGGGACAUCUGGAAGAAGUGUAUUAUUCACUGUACCGUUUCCUGGGUCCUCAGGCGCCCCAGUCCACACAUCUGAUUAGAGAUACCGACUCUGAGGUACAUACAGAAAAUGAGGCCGUGAUCUCCAGGAAGCCUUGUGAAGUACCAAGGUGACCAGGAGAGUGGGAAGACUCUGUCAGUACUGAUCAACAUGGGAAUAAGCGUUCCUUUACACAAUCUGCUAGGAAUGGGGUGAAGCCUUGAGGGGGUUUGUGAGUGGGAAAGGGAUGGCCGUGUGAGAUGGGACAGGGACAGAACAGGCCUCCAAGAACACUGGCAUUUGCCUAAGCCCUUUGUCCCUCACCAUCCUCAGAAAGCCCCAUUCCUGCUUCCCACACCAGUCUGCCCACCCUCCCUCUCAAGCUGGGCUCUUGCCACCCAUCUUGCCUUGCUUCCCACACUCUUUCAGGGACCUCUGCCCCAGUAUCCCCCAGAGCUGCUUUUGCAAGUCACCUGGGACGUCUCAUUUCCUCAAUCUCCUGCCCUCUGUCUCUGCCACAGUCUACUCUGGUGGCUGAAAUGUUCUUCUCCCUGCCCGAGCCACGCCCCUGGGAUCUCUUCUGGUCCCCUAACCACACACUCUCUCUCUGUCUCCUGCACAGGCGCCUCUCUCUGCCCUUAUAUGUCCCCCAAGGUUCUCCUCUCCCUUUUCUCAACUCUGCACACCAUCUCAUCCACCCCCAAAUCAUCUCAAUGACCACUUGUACAUAAAUGGCUCCCAAGGGUUUGUCUGUAACUCCAGAUGUGUAUUCACCUCUCUUUGGGUGGUUUCCAAACACCCCAAAUAUGUCCACUUGCCUCCUGCAAAACCGUCUCCUUGACUCCAUAUAGGCAUGACAAGGCCACUGGUGCUGAGGCUGGAAGCUCCUGGAAGCCCUCAGCCUGCCCACCUUCUCCACUCCAUCAUCUUCCCAAGAUCUUCCCAGAUUCCCUGCUCAAAACUGAGCCCCGAGUGUCCCUUAGCCUCAUUGGUAGCUCAUACCAAGGUCAUCCUGGCUUAGCCCACUGAUAGAAUCCAUACCUGUGUAUAGGAAGAGGGCUCCCUGUCUCCAGAGCUGCUCAGGGCUGGGUGUGAGUGUUCAUUAAAUCCUGGAUUGAUGGAGUUGGCCCACUGACACUUCCCUGGGACACUGCCCCACUGCCCACCUAAUAUUCAACAUCACUGUCUUUGCAAGACUCUAACCCUUACUGCAGUCCUCACAAGGCUGAAGCCUGUAUCCUCCCCCAGCCAGAGAAUCAGCUGUGCCAGGGACUUCUACGGGAACACCUGCUCUGUGUGCCUUCCAGCCCACCCAACCCACCACCUGGAGCCCCACCCCAAGCCCUUAGGCCCUCCUGUUCCAGGCGCUGACAAGUCCUGGCAAAAGGUUUGGGACCUUGGUCGCCCUCCCUUCAGUGACCUGUCAGAGCCCCGACUCCUCAGUGCCCUCCUGACCCUAUUUCUAUUUCCAUCCUGUUACACCCCCAGGGAGUUACAUGUUCACCGUACACUUGGAAAGAAUUUCCUUUUUCUUUUUUUUUUUUUUUCUUGAGGCUCCAGUGAAGCACAAAACCAGAUGCUCAUAAAGGCUAAACCAGUCCCGCAGCCUCUGCUCAGAAUGGCUCUCUGGGGAGCCCAGUGGGCCCAGGUGGUGCUAGAGGUGGGGUCUUUGGGCAGGGGGCCUGCACUGGCCUCUCCCCCAUUUGGAGCUGGCUUUCUUCCCUUCCCCCACCCGCUCUUGGCAGGAGCAGGGAAACAAAAGGAAUGCUGAACAGGACUCCAGCCUAUAUUCUCCAAUUGCUCUAGUCUGGGGAAGAAAUAAGCAGGAAUUGGAGGAUGCAUUUAGAACCAAGAAGAAAUCCCGGAACUGGGACCACAACAGCCUGAGCUCUUGGAACUGGAGCUGGAGGGAGGGAUCCAUUGGAGGCCGUGCCAGAAACCUCCCCUGUGACACCUGUAGACACCCCUCCAAGGCCUCACCAUUCACUUGAUGCCACUGCACCGUUUGUGUCUACCUCCUUCUGUCCUGCUGAAAAACCAAAGAAAGGAGUCCCCAUUCCCACUCCUGAGAGUGACCCAGAUUGGUCCCACUUAUAUCUUGAGUCAAGCCACAUGGGUCUCUGGUCAGCCUGUGGACUGGCUAAUUUGGGGGUCAAGCCUGAUCAGCUGGGCAGGCAGAUGGAAGUGGAUCAUAUCACACAGCACAAAACACAGCUGUCCAGGUACCAGCAUCCACGAGGGAAGUGAUGCUCCCAGAUUGGGCAGGGACAGACAGCUAUGGACAUCUCCAGCAUGUCACAAAGAUUAAGAAUGCAACUGCAAGUAAUAAGGAAGCUGAUGGAUAGCUGCUUAAACUCUGGGCAUUACUCUCACGUGUCAAAUUACAAGGUGGGCAGUUGCUAACAUUAUCAGUUGCAAGUCUUUGCUUUCUAAUCUCUGGUGUGAUGACUUGUAUCUUCUUUGUUGCUUAAUCAUGAUCAAUGUUUCCAUAAUCCACAUUCUUAUUCAAAACAGAGGGGAAAAAAGAAAGAUCUGCUUUUAUCAAGAUAAUAAAAGCUUUCCCAGAACCCCUCCCCCA